CGUCUCCAUUUAAAUUCACCUUCUGCUCUAAAGUUCAAAAGACACGGAAUACCUCCCCCCUCUUUUCUACCCUUGAAAUGGCAAAUAAGCUCAAAGUAGACGAGCUUCGAGCCGAACUCGCUAAACGUGGACUCGAUACCACCGGAACCAAGCCUUCCCUGGUGCGGAGACUGGAAUCGGCACUCGAGCAAGAAAACAAGCAGUCAGAAGUGGACUCGGUCGAUGGUGGAGGUAGUAGUAACAACAAAAGAGAAAGGGAGUCUGAAGAUGGAGGAGGAGAUUCUAAUAACGGGAUUGAGAAAAUCAAGGCUAUUGAAAAGUUUCGGGACAUGAAUGUCAAGCAAUUACGCGAACAGGCCAGUCUCCUUGGAGUUUCCACUGCCGGAACCAAGAGACAAUUAAUUGACAGGCUCUGCAACGCUGAACCAGACAAUCACCAUUCACUUCAAGCAAAAGAAGAAGAGCAGGAACAGGGUGAAAAGGAAAAGGAGAAAAUUGUAACUGCUACGAAAAAGGGCGCGGCGGUGCUAGAUCAGUUUCUUUCUGAUCAGAUAAAGUCAGAGUAUCAUGUUUUGCAAAUAGGUGAUGAUGUCUAUGAUGCCAUGCUGAAUCAGACAAAUGUUGGGGACAACAAUAACAAGUUCUAUGUGAUUCAACUUCUUGAAUCUGAUGGUGGUGGUAGAUAUAUGGUCUAUAACAGAUGGGGUAGGGUUGGGGUGAAUGGUCAAGUUAAGCUAUUUGGUCCCUACACUUCACGAGAUCCUGCUAUUUCUGAGUUUGAACGGAAGUUCUACGCCAAGACAAAGAACGAUUGGUCCAAGCGAAAGGAGUUCAUAUGUUACCCAAAGUGCUAUGCUUUGUUGGAAAUGGACUACAGUGAGCAGGAAAAAGAGCCAGUUGUUAAAGAAAAGCCUGACUCUGCUACAGCAAUUCAACCUCGGGAGACACAACUUGAGUCACGUAUUGCCAAAUUUAUCUCUCUUAUAUGUAAUGUUAGUAUGAUGAAGCAGCAAAUGAUGGAAAUAGGAUACAAUGCAAAUAAAUUGCCACUUGGUAAAUUAAGCAAGUCAACUAUAUUAAAGGGUUAUGAUGUUUUGAAGAGGAUUUCUGAUGUAAUUGGAACAGCAGAUAGGUUAAAACUUGAACAACUAAGCGGAGAAUUUUACACUGUCAUUCCUCAUGAUUUUGGAUUUAAAAAAAUGCGAGAGUUUAUUAUUGAUACUCCUCAGAAGUUAAAAUGCAAGCUGGAAAUGGUUGAAGCCCUAGGCGAGAUUCAAGUUGCAACAAAGUUGUUGGAGGAUGAACCUGGAAUGCAGGAAGAUCCCCUGUAUUCUCAUUACAACCGGCUACGUUGUGAAUUGACUCCAGUUGAAGUUGAUUCUGAGGACUUUGCAAUGAUUGCCAUGUAUUUGCAGAAUACGCAUGCAAAAACACAUUCACAGUAUACUGUUGAUAUUGCUCAAAUAUUCAAGGUCUCAAGAGAGGAUGAAAAUGAAAGCUUCAGAAAGUUCUCUAACACAAAAAAUAGAAUGCUUUUAUGGCAUGGCUCGCGCCUCACAAACUGGACUGGCAUUCUAUCCCAAGGCUUGCGUAUUGCUCCCCCUGAAGCACCAGUAACUGGUUACAUGUUUGGAAAGGGAGUUUACUUUGCUGACAUGUUCUCCAAAAGUGCAAAUUAUUGCUAUGCAAAUCAUGCUGCUCCAGCUGGUGUGCUGCUUCUGUGUGAGGUUGCUCUUGGAGACAUGGCUGAACUAUUACAUGCAAACUAUGAUGCUGAUAAGUUGCCAUCGGGGAAGCUGAGCACGAAAGGAGUUGGUAGAACUGCUCCAGAUCUUUCAGAUGCCAGGGCACUGGAGGAUGGUGUUGUUGUUCCCCUUGGGAAGCCCAAAGAGCAGCGAGGCUCAAAGGGUGCUUUGCUGUACAAUGAGUACAUAGUCUACAACGUGGGUCAGAUUAGGAUGCGAUAUGUAGUUCAAGUGAAUUUUAAUUACAAGCAUUAAUAGCGUCAGUUUGAUCUUGUGUUUUUGUUCCCAGAUUGGUUCGGCUGUGUAUCAUCCUUCUCAGGUCUUCUAGUUGCAAAUUGUCUUUAAAUAGAUGCCCUUAAAGAAAAU